UCGGGCGCAGCCGACGUCAGCGUGCGUCAAGGCCGAGCCCCCCACCCUCCCUCCGCCCGCGGGAUCCGUCGUUCCUGCCCGUUCGCGCUCCCUUCGCCCGUCGUUGGACAGCAGGAGCCACCGCCUCAGCCCAGCCCGCCGCUCCGUCGCCACCUCCGCUCCUCUCCACGAGAGUCGCGCAGCGCGAAGAUGGCGGCGUACAAAUUCCUCCUGCCGCCGCUCAGCCGCCGCAUCCUCCUUCCCGCCGCGCGGGCGCGGGGCGCCGGGGCUGAGAUUUGUGGAUGCUAUUUUUCUACCAGCUGUCAUCGCAGCACCAAAUUUUAUACUGAUCCUGUUGAAGCUGUAAAAGAUAUACCCAAUGGGGCAACUAUCCUUGUUGGUGGUUUUGGAUUGUGUGGGAUUCCUGAAAACCUCAUUGGAGGUUUACUGAAGACUGGAGUAAAGGGAAUAACAGCAGUCAGUAAUAAUGCUGGUGUUGACAAUUUUGGACUUGGCCUUCUGCUUCAGACUAAGCAGAUAAAACGCAUGGUCUCAUCAUAUGUUGGAGAGAAUGCUGAAUUUGAACGCCAGUAUUUAUCUGGUGAGCUUGAAGUUGAGCUUACACCGCAGGGUACGCUUGCUGAACGUAUUAGAGCAGGAGGAGCGGGAAUCCCAGCUUUUUACACCAGUACUGGCUAUGGGACGCUGGUGCAGGAAGGGGGUGCGCCUAUCAAAUACAACACAGAUGGCACCAUUGCCAUUGCUAGCCAGCCAAGAGAGGUGCGAGAGUUUGAUGGGCGUCACUUUAUUCUGGAGAAGUCGAUUACAGGAGAUUUUGCUCUUGUGAAGGCAUGGAAGGCUGAUCGUGCAGGAAACAUCAUUUUCAGGAAAACUGCAAGAAACUUCAACCAACCUAUGUGCAAAGCUGCCAAGACAACUGUGGUAGAGGUGGAAGAAAUUGUUGAUAUAGGAGCAUUUGCCCCAGAAGACAUUCAUGUACCCAAAAUCUAUGUUGAUCGUCUGAUACAAGGAGAGAAGUUUGAGAAGAGAAUCGAACGCUUAUCAAUCCGAAAGCCUGAAGACUCAAAAGCCAAACAAAAACAAGGAGACAACAUGAGGGAGAGGAUCAUCAGACGAGCUGCUUUAGAGUUUGAGGAUGGCAUGUAUGCUAAUCUGGGUAUUGGAAUCCCACUGUUGGCCAGUAACUUCAUCAGUCCAGACAUAACUGUUCACUUACAGAGCGAAAAUGGAGUCCUGGGCUUGGGUCCUUAUCCACUUGAAAAUGAAGUAGAUCCAGACCUGAUUAAUGCAGGUAAGGAGACAGUCACUGUUCUUCCAGGUUCUUCCUAUUUCUCUAGCGAUGAAUCAUUUGCAAUGAUAAGAGGAGGCCAUGUUGAUUUGACAAUGCUUGGAGCUAUGCAGGUGUCUAAGUACGGUGACCUGGCCAACUGGAUGAUUCCUGGUAAAAUGGUGAAAGGAAUGGGGGGUGCUAUGGACCUGGUAUCCAGUGCGCAGACCAAAGUGGUUGUCACCAUGGAGCAUUCAGCCAAGGGCAAUGUCCAUAAGAUCUUGGAAAAAUGCAAUUUACCACUUACUGGGAAACAAUGUGUAAACCGCAUCAUUACAGAAAAGGCUGUGUUUGAUGUGGACAAGAAGAAGGGGUUGACCCUUGUGGAAAUCUGGGAAGGACUGACAGUGGAUGAUAUCAGGAAAAGCACUGGCUGUGACUUCACAGUUUCGCCAAAACUAAUACCAAUGAGGCAGAUUUAAACAUGAAAUACAGACUGGGCUCAACUUGCCAGAAGGCUUGUUUCCAAAUGGGAGCUCAGUGAAGAGAAAUGGAUGACUGUUUUGCAAUUUUACUGGGUUUUUUUUUUUUUUUUAAGGGCUUUGUAAGUAGUUUCCAGAUAGUUAAACUCAGGCUGUGACUAUCAGCCUAAACUGUAUUUUACUUUCAUAAUGUUACCAAUUUUAAUGGAACGGUGAAUAUAUUCCCUAAAUUUUUAAUAAUAUACUGAAAUGCUAAUGAACAUUUGUCCAAAAAAUGCCUUGUAGUCUCUCUACCAAAUACUACAUUUUUACACAGGUUCAGAAAAUGACCACACAAAACUUAUCAUUGCCUCUGCUUUUCCUGAUGUCGUUAAACUUACAAGUCACUCCAUUGGUCUGGAACGACAGCACUUGCCACGUCCAUUCUCCUGUAAAGGUGUGGGGUUUUUUUCUGGAGGAGUGGUCUAUAGCAAAUGUACACAGCUGUAGAGAGACAUCAGGAGUAUGGACUUCCCUUUUCCUGAAACUUUUGAUGAAUCUGUGACAAAACUGUUUAUACUGGUGGAAAUAACUGGGACCUUAGCCCUGAAUGUAUCUGCAGUUUCCACAGUGUGUGUCUGUUGGCAUUAAGAAGCCCACACCUGCCAAAGUCCAACUCUCACCCCUUCUGUUUAAAUCAUGCAAACUAGAAUGGGGCUAGUAUGAAGAAGAUUAAAAAGUCUCUGUCCCCAUGCAGACAACUGGUAGCUGCACAGCUGUUCCAGGUGAACUGCUUUUACUCACCUGAUAUAAUUCUUCUUCGCAGCCCCAAUUCAAAGGCAAAUGAAGAUUGUUUCUGGAGUGAGGUCUGUCCUUCCAGUGUUACAUAGAGAAACAGGGGAAGAGAAUGCUGUGGGCACUUGGAAGAUUCUUCUGAUGGGAAUACAGUUGUUUAAGGGUAAAAGCAGUAAGUUUGCAUCGCUUGCCAAUCAAGGCAUCGGCAAAAACUAGAGUUUGGAAUCCAAACUCAUGAUAACUAGAAUGAAAGCCAUGAGACAAUCAAAAUGAAAAGUCAUUCUCUCAUACUGGCUCCGCUAUUUGAUAAAGAUCUUUCCUUCCCUGUUAUUAAUUACAAAAUCACUGUUAUUUUUGCAAAUAGGUAAUAUGACAGCAUUGGAUCUCACAUUCCAAAUCAGCACAAUAUGUCUUUAUUAUACAGAACUGACUGGAAAUCCUCAUUUACUAAAAUACGGUGUUUUCUCCAAGUAUAAUGGUUUCUGUCAUUCAUAUAAAUAGGAACAUGUAAAACAUUUCAGUUAAAAUAAUUCCUGACAUAAUGUUUGACAUCAGGACUGGAGCAGAUUAAGUGACUGAAAAACAUGUAAAAUAUGCCUAUCACACAUGUGAUAAGCAUUGUUGGGAUAUGAUGUAGAAGAGCAUUCUAAUACCAGACGGAUGAGAUAUUUACCAAAGUCAGUGUGUGUUGUGGGAGAUGUAACACAUUUCUAGGAGAUCAGAUAGGAAAAUCCUGCAAUAUUUAGCUCUUGUACUAGCCUUUGUACUGCAUUUUUCCAUUCUAAAAUAAGAAAUGCACCUCUUUCAUGGGACAGUUAUAAAAUUUGUCUUGAUCUACACAUGGGUUCUAUAGCAGUAAAACUGUUCUGGUUAGAUUAUUUUGUUUAGUUGCACUUACUUUAAACAAAUCUUUGAUAAUCUCUUGCCAAUACCGGAACAGGUUAUCCUUCCCACAAAGGAAUAAAGCACCUUUGUAAGCACUGUUAUGCUAGUUUAAAAGUACUCCCAUAAUACUAAGUUGUAUGACUUGAACUCAUGGGUGCUGAUGGGUGGUAGGCUGUUGUAUAGCCUGGAUGUGUAGGCAAGACCUGAUGCUGAGCCCAUGGGGAAGAAACAUGUUGUACAAAGACUAGUGCUAAUUUCAUGAUUAAACAUAUACAAGUGAUUUGGUUGAUAGGUAAUUUGGAUGCAAGACUCAAAACUAAAUCGAUCAAAGUGUUCCAGAAUAUAUUAACCCAGGAUUAGCACAAGUUAGUUUUCACCUAGCUUUAGUUUUCAGCUGUUUUCUCUAUUUAGGUGUAUUCCUUAUGUUAUUCACACCCUCCAAGCAAAUUACUUUCUUAAAGUUUGGCCAUUUCUAUUGCUGUGAAGAUGGAAUGAAGUUCUGCUUAUAGAGAUUUUGCAGAUUAAAAGUCUGUAUAACAAAAGUUGAUUCUGCUUUAGCUCAGUAUGAAAUAGUUUUGGAUUUGGAUGCAGCAGUCCAGAGGCCUCUUCCUCAAUCCAUAAAGACACUUCAGUGACAGCUCUGACCCUUGUGGUGCUGUACACAGCAAGAGGUGCCUAUCUUUGCCUUCAGGGCCAGGUGAAGGGCUACUCUAAGGGGAUGGGUCUGAUCCCUGAAGGUGUCUUGUUUGUCAUCACUCAGAACUCUCAUAGAGAGUACCCAGAAUGAAUGCUAGUUUUAGGGGAGGAGUAUAAAAGCUAUUAUAGAGGGGAAGUGAGUUACUAUUAACUUAUCCAGAGGAAAAAAAAAUAUAUAUUUAAGUAGCUGGGGAAGUCUUAAAGACAUCUAUAAAUGAAAUGUUGAUCUAUUGCAAUUACCUAUGUUAUAUUAGUUGUAGGACUGAUUAGUUAAUUACAGCAAGCAUUUAUCGACACAUACAAAGUACAGAAGUGUCUGAGGGCAGCAUCAGGUAUGUGCUGCUUGUGCCAUAGAACUAUGCUUUGCUGGCAUACGCACAGAAGCCAUUGUUGUCAUAAAUAUAUGGCUAUAAAAAGACUAAUAACCAGAUAAUGUCCGGGAGUUCAGCACCUUGGUUUCUGAAGCAAAGAGUUAGGAGCCAAGAACUCCUGACUUUCAGCUUUUCCAGUUCUCUACUUACUGCCUUGAGAAAUGUUAUCUGUGCUCUCUGCCUUGUCUCCUGUUGCUGGAAAAGGGGAUGUUUUUCUUCCUACCUCACAGGGAUGUUGUGAGGGAAUAACCAGCUAACGUCUGUGCAACAGGUUAAUUUUUCUCUUCAGCUUGGAGAUCACACUUGAUCAAGAGUGUGGAAGAGUACUUGAAAACUGUCAUAUGUGCUAGAUAUUUGAAUUCUGUGUCUUCUCUUAUUUGUAUCAGUGUUAAUGCAAGAGAGCAAAAGUUGAUACCGUGCUGAAAACUGGGGAAGAAAGGAGAACAGGCUCUCUCUGUAUAGAACAGUGGUGCAAAUACAUGUAUGUAUGUAUGUCACACUUGAAAUUUUUUAUCUUGAGGACAGUAGUGGUAGAAUAUUGGUAUUGUUGUGAAAACAUCAUGUGUCCGCACCUAAUUGCAACAAGCUGUGACUCCACUUUUUAAAUUGAUUUGUGAAGUAGGAUUAGAAAUUAAAGCACUCCUAAGUAUUUCUGUGGACGCAAGUGUGGUUCAUAGGUAAGGUAUACUCUGAGCAGUAGUGCAAUGAUCAUUACUACAGAAAUAUGAGAGCUUCUUGUUCCUCUUUGGUCGUUGAUGGUAUGCAUGAAGGUUUAUUGUGACAUCACUGAGAUCAUCCUCUGCUUGACAGCACUUCACAAGACAAGGAUAGUUGAGACUCUUUGUCCUGAAGAAGAUGAUGAUUCUACUAUAUUAUCACAUUGGACUUAUUUCACUUUAUAUUUUAUUGACUUUUGUCCUUGGAAAAGCAAAAAAAAUGAAAAAUGUAGUUGUACUGUAAGCUCUGCAAACUAAACAUCAAAGUCCUUCUAUGUAUUUGCAAAACAAUCAAUAAAACAAAGUUUAAAAAUCUCAA